AUGGCCAGAGACGCAUCGUUGCCGGCUUCGCAGUCGGCCUCGGAGCUCAAUGCCCGCAUUUCCACCUCCAGCGGACACCACCGCCCAGCCGCCAAAGAAACCACGUUCCGGGAAUGGAUGCUGGCCAACCAGAUCGGUAUCUCGUUGACCAUUCUUUCCAUGCUACUGGCCGUUCACCACCUCUACCCUUCCUUGAAUCCCUACACCACCCCGUUCUUCCAGCUGUCGUACUACCAGCCCGCCACCGGAGAUUAUGUGCAAGGAUGGGACGACAUUUACUUUAUCGCCAGCUCCGCGAUUGCGUUCAUCGCUAUCCGGGCAAUUGUUAUCGACUGGAUGCUCCAGCCACUGGCGCAACGCUGCGGGUUGAAACGGAAGGCCUCGGUCCGUCUGGCUGAGCAAGGCUGGCUCUGCCUAUACUAUGGGUUUUUCUGGUCCCUUGGCAUGUACAUUUGGUCCAACUCAUACUACUGGGGCGACUUCAGCGCCAUCUGGGAUCAGUGGCCCGCACGCAAUGUGUCGGGUUUGAUGAAAUGGUACCUUCUGGUGCAAUUGGCGUUCUGGGUGCAGAUGCUUCUAGUUAUCAACAUUGAGGAGCGCCGGAAAGACCAUUAUCAGAUGUUGACUCACCAUAUCAUCACCAUCACACUCUUCGGAUCGGCUUAUAUCUACGGCUUUUACAAUGUAUCCAACGUGGUACUAUCGCUCAUGGACAUUGUGGACCUCUUGUUGCCGGCGGCCAAAAUCCUGAAAUACUUGAAGUACGAGACCACCUGCAAUGUCGCUUUUGGUGUGUUCAUGGUAACAUGGCUCAUCACGCGCCAUAUCUACUACCCGCAACUGUGCUGGUCCAUCUACAAGGACGUCCCGGCCAGGAUGGCGUACGGCUGCUACUCCGGUACCACUUCGGAGAUGACUUCCACCGACGCAUACCCCAACCGCUGGCGAUACCUGCUUUAUCCCUUCCAGGACAUCAGCGGCCCAAUUUGCAUGAACCGCACCGUCAAAUGGAUCUUCCUUUCCUGCCUUUUGGCGCUGCAGGCCCUCUCGCUUAUCUGGUUCACCAUGGUCAUCCGAGUCGCCGUCGGGGUCCUCCGCACCGGAAAUGCCGAGGAGCCUCGCAGCGACGACGAAGAGGAGGAAGAAGAUGUUUCGGGUAAGGAUGGCCCCAAUGGCACAGCUGUCCCGACCGAUGGCUCUAGUGCGGACUGGCGCCGUGCCAAUGGGUCUUCGAAUGUACGGCCUCGUGGACGCGGCCGUGUUCGUCUUGGCGACCAGAGCGAUCAUAAAGCGUUACUCGGCCGGAUCGGAUGUGAUAAGCCGACCUAG